AUGGGAUCGAAUAAGAUGGGUUUUGCUUGGUCUGAUCUUUUUGCGAAGAAGAAAGAGGCGACUCCUGAUGCUGCGAUGGGGUUUGAUAAUCCACCUGAUAUUGAUGGAAAGAGGGUUGCAGAUGUUGCGUUUGAUGAUGUUUCUGAAAAUUUGAAACACUGUGAAGAUAUGCUUAUUGGAGUAUGUGUUGGUAAGAAAUUACCAUAUUGGUUGUUAGGAAUGCUGUUCAAAGAGCUUGGAAAGUUAAAGGAUAGAUUGUCUGCUCUUGAAUAUGGUACGUUAUUCAUCUCGAAUCAACCUUUCUUUGGCCAUCCUUGGCAUGCUCUUAUUGAACAAGAAAUAGCUGAACUGAAAAUUGUACCCAUUUGGGUAAAUCUUAGGAAAGUACCAUUACACAUGUGGAAUGCUAAGGCUCUUUCUAAAAUUGCUAGUCUUAUUGGUACUCCAAUUAUGAUGUAUAAACUUACUUUGAGCAGAGCUAUGAUGAGCUAUGCUAGGAUUUUGAUUGAGGUGGAUUUAAAAUGUGAGUUUCCUACUUUAUUGCAUGUUUAUUAUGAGGGGAAACAUGUUAUUGAUGUUGAAGCAGAAUAUUCUUGGAAGCCUCCAAGCUGUAUUGAAUGUGAUUCUUUUGGACAUGUGACUCCAAGGUGUCCUUGGGGUAAACCAAAGAGCAAGCAUGUGGAAGUUGACAGACUAGUUAAUGAGAAAGUUGACAAACAUGUUUGGGUAGUUAAGGGAACUAAUAAAGCUAUAAAUCACAUGAAUGUGGAAGUUGAUAUGGCAAGAAGUGCUAUGGAUGAGGAUGUUGUCUCUCCUGGAGGUAAUAAGGAAAAUAUAUGUAUGGUGGAAGUGAUUCAUUCAGAUGUUGCUACUGGUAACAUGUUUGAUGUGCUUAUUGAACAAGAGGAAGUUAAUAAAUUGUCCAUAAUUGGUAUUGUGGAAACCCAUGUGCAAGUUCAGAAUAAGGACUCAAUUAGGUUUUUGAUUAAUAAAAAUUGGUGUUUUACUGAUAACUAUGCAAAUAAUAGCUCUGAUAGGAUUUGGAUUGGGUGGAACCCUCUUGAAAUAAAUGUUUCAGUUUUACAUAGUGCUUCUCAAGCCAUUUUUCUUGAAGUGACAACUAGUAGAAACUUAAAGUUUGUUGUUACUUUCGUUUAUGGAGACAAUGAUAGUAAUAUUAGGACUUCUCUAUGGAAUAAUUUAUGUGAUUUUGCUUCUAAUUUGGACAUUCCUUGGGUUGUGUUGGGAGAUUUUAAUGAGAUCCUGAUCUCAAAUGAAAGAAUAGGCACUAGAAGUUGUUCUCCUUCUUCCAUGAAUGACUUUGUUCAGUCUGAUUUUCUCCCUCCGGGUAUUUCACACCAUUCUUCUAUGGUGGUUUCCGUUUUUGAGGAACGACAACACGGCCCACCUCCUUUUAGAUUCUAUAAUUAUCUUAAUGAUGAGCCAGAUUUUAUGGAUAUUGUUAGGAAUGUUUGGUCCCAACAGGUGAAAGGAAAUACAAUAUAUGUGCUUGUCACUAAGUUGAAGAAGUUUAAGCAAAGAUUGGUUGAAUUGCGAAGGCGUAGAUUCCCUUAUCUUUCUGAAUCUGUGGUUGAGGCGAAGAAGGUUAUGGUGUGUGCUCAAACUGAUGUUCAAUUAAGACCUCUUGAUCCUGUGAUUUCUAGUGCUGAGAAGAGGCUGUUAGAAACUAUUCUAGAGUUGCUAGGCAUGAAGAAUCUAUGCUCAAACAAAAGUAUAGAGUUCAAUGGAUGGAAUUGGGGUAAUAUCCUUGAUGAGGACAAAGAUAUUGCUUUGGAGUGCACCUCUUAUUUCUCUUCUCUAUUUAAUGGUGCAGCUCUGAAUGAUUUUUAUGAUAAUGAUUCUAGUUUUAUUCAGUUUUCUAAUUUUGUCUCGGCUGAUGAUGCUGCUUGUCUAAGCGCCCCUGUUUCUAGGGAUGAAAUAGUUCAUGCUUUGUCGUGCAUUGGCUCAAGUAAGGCUCCAGGUCCUGACGGUUUUUCGAGUCAUUUCUUCAAGGUUUGUUGGUCCAUCAUUGAAGCUGAUUUUAUUAGAGCUAUUCAGAACUUGUUCUUGAGGACUAAAAUGCUUGGUGAGGUUCAUUUGUGUAUAUCUUCAGCAAAAUUUUCAGUGCUUAUUAAUGGUUCUCCAUAUGGUUAUUUUUCUUCUAGUAGGGGCCUACGACAGGGUUGUCCUUUGUCGCCUUACUUAUUUGUCAUUGUAAUGGAGAUUUUGAGUGCUUCUCUGAAGAAUCAAGUUAUUACUGGUAAUUUUGGUUUACACCCUAGAUGUCGAUUAACCCAACUUACUCAUUUAUGCUUUGCCGAUGAUGUCUUAGUCUUUUUCAAAGAAAAUGUGGCUGCUGCUUCUUCUCUUAAGACUGCUUUAUUAGGUCUUAGUAAGAUUUCAGGAUUGGAGAUGAAUAAACAGAAAACUGCCUUGUACUCCUCUUAUGUGGAUCUUUCUAUUUUGUCUCAGAUUUUUCAAUGUCUUGAUUGUAGUACUGGAGAGUUACCGUUUCUCUAUCUUGGGGUUCCUCUAUUAUCUACUAGGCUAUCUCAUCAGGACUGUUUUCCUUUAGUUUCUAGAGUGCUUAAGAGGGUGAAGUCUUGGAAAUCUAAGAGACUUUCUUAUGCUGGCAGAUUACUUCUCAUUAAGGUUGUUCUUAGUAGUAUGAUUUAUUUUUGGCUUUCAUGUUUUAUCCUUCCUAUGAGAACUGUCAAGGAGUUGAAUUCUAUUUUCAAGAGAUUUCUUUGGGCAGGUGCAGAAAUGGGGAAGAAAUACCAUCCUAUUAGAUGGGAUGUGGUUUGUAGGCCAUUUUCGGAAGGAGGUCUGGGUGUUAGGAGCAUAAAAAUCACUAAUGAGGCUGCAAAUCUUAGACAUCUAUGGGACUUGGUGAGUCGGAAUCAUACUAUCUGGACUGAUUGGAUCCAUAAGAAUUUGAUUAAAAAUAGGGAUUUUUGGACUUUCAAUAUUCCACAAGAUGCCUCUUGGUACUGGCGUAGAAUUCUGGAUCAGAGAACUAAAGCCAAGGAUCUUAUUCUUCAUAUUAUAGGGGAUGGUGAAAAUACUAAGUUCUUAACUGAUUUAUGGCAUCCUCUUGGUAGGCUCCUUGCUUGGGUUAGUAGAGAUGUUCUUGAGGAUCUAUGUUCUAAUACUGAUUGUAAAGUGGGUGAUUUCGCUGAUGAGGAAGGUAUUUCCCUGAUUCUAUGGAUGAGGAUUUGA